CCGAUACAAAUACAACGCACCGUCCAUCUCUCCCUCCCUCCCUCCCUCCCCCUCGCACCGCCGCGGGACACGAACACGCGAGCCACCCAACCGGCCCGAACCCGAUCGCACCGACGAGGUGGAUCCCAGGGGAAGGCUCCUCUUUACCGCCGCCGAUGGACGUGGGCCUCGGCGGCGCGGGUAGUUCCGGCAGAGGAGGGGGAGGGGGCCGGAGCGGGAGCGGGGGCGGUCGGGACAGCCCGUUCGCUCUCGGCGGGGGCGGCGCGUCGGCGGCUGCGUGGACCCGGCUCGUCAGCUCCGGCGUGGAGGACGAGCUGGUGGCUGCGUCGGGAGGAAGAGGAGGAGGUGGAGGACGCGCGGGGGCGAGAGCGGGAGGCCUGCCGCAGGGCCACUUUUUGGACGCCUGCUUCCUCUGCCGGAAGCCCCUCCCCAGCAACCGCGACAUCUUCAUGUACAGGGGUGACAUCCCGUUCUGUACCGAGGAGUGCAGGACGGAGCAGAUCGAAAUGGACGAGGAGAUGGAGCGGAAGGAGAGCACCCAGAAGAAGAAGUUGGCGCCGAGAGCUCCCUCUCCCAAGGACGUGGAGUCCGCGCCGAGGCCUCCCAAGGCCCGGGCCGGGUCAAUCCUUGCCGGCUAACACCGUGAAGACGAAAAGCUCACAAACGAGCUAGAGCUCGCGUGUGUGCUCCUCCCCCUCCCCGAAACCAAGAGAGAUCAGAACCCCCUUGAUACCACCACCUGGAACUACCGCUACAGUUGCGUAUAUGGGUUUGUGUUUUUUUGUUUACAGCCCUUGCGCCAUUGGUGGCGCCGUGAACUCAGUGUCAGUGCCUGCCCGCUUACCUGUAUUGCUGCUGAUGAUGUAUAGAGACGGGCGGAGAGGAGAGGAGAGCGCUGGUGUUUAGGACCGCAUGCAUUCAGAAGCUCUCUGUGCUGCUGGCCAGAUGUGUCGUUCGUUGUAUCAUGUAUGGGUGUUUCUGGCUUUCGUUCUGGGAGAUUUUUGUGAG